AUGGCGGCGGUGGUGGUCGUGGAGGAGGAGGUGAAGGCAGGUGGUGGUGAUGGAAGAGAAGAAGAGAAGAAUAAGAAGAAGACGAAGACGAAGACGAAGACGAAGAAGAGAAAAAGAGACGCUGUCCCGUCUGUUGCAAUGGGCAACGGCCAGCUGGUAUGCAAAAAAGAAGAGGCCACUCAGAAUUGCACGGAGCAUGAAAGGGAAAAGAAAAAAAGGACGAAGGCUAAGUAA